GGUUGAUGAAACAAGACAGUAUGAGUGCUUGUGGGGGCUCACAUUUCUGUUUCUUCUCUCAUUCCCUUUUCAAUUAUUAAAAUUCAUUGUCUCUUUCCUGGACAAUCAUGUACAGAAUGGUUAGGAAGAGGAUAUUACGGUAUAUAUAAAUAGGUUAUCUAGGAAACCGGCGUUUGCUACCAUCCACCUUGUAGUCCUUUUCCCUUACAAUACAAGUUGAGUCUCUUCUUCUCUGUUUUUCUGCAUAGCCUUACUGAGUGGCGGCCAUGGAAACCUCCCAGCCUCUGUCAAUUGAAAGUUUUUCAUAUAGUUGGUUGGUGAACCUGAAACCAUCUUUAGAGAGCCUAGAUAGCUCCCAUAGGGUGUCUCUUGAUGCGUAUGAUGAAGCUUCAUUCAUUGAGAUGGACCCAAGAAUGCCAUCCUCUAGGAGAUUCUUUAGAAACUCUCUGGAUUUAAAGUUUGAUUUUCCCAUUUCACCAUCUCCUCUUACUGUUGUUCAUGCCGAUGAACUCUUUUCUAAUGGUUACUUGAUGCCUCUCUUUGUUGACCCCUUGAAAACUGAGGCAUAUGGGGACUCCGAUUCAACUUCAACCCUGCCUACCUCCUCAAAUGCGCCAAAACUCGUUCUCCCAGCAAGUAAACUGAAAUGUUCUUCUUUGAGAAGGUGUCAAAAAAUGUCAAAGCGAUUAUUUUCAAAGUACUUAGAUUUUCUCAGGCCAUUAUACCAAAGAAUACGAGGAAGCAAAUCAAGUGACAGAACCAAAGGUGGGGAUGCAAGAAUCCAGGUAAUGAAGAACCGUGUAUAUUCAACAGAUACAACUCCACGGAUAAGCGUAGCUUACUCUGCCGAUGAUUGGCGCAAGUCAUGUGAUUCAGAAAGCUCUAUUUAUGAGGCAGUUCUGCAUUGCAAGAGAUCCAUCGGAAAAUGAAUGGAGGAAGAUCAAUAACAAAUCCACAUGGGAGAGAAAUAAAAGGUGUCGAGAAGUUCAUCAUCUGUCACUUGUUCUUUGUCCCUUUCUUCUCUUCCUUUUGAGAAGAUAAUGUAAAUUUGUCCUGUAAGAAAGCUAUGCAGAUAAUUCCCCAUAUCACUUUGGCUUUUAGGGGGAAAAAGAUAUGUAUAUGAAGGCAUUGAAAUUUUGCUCUUGUAUUUUUCCUUGAUAGCAGAAAUACUUAAAACUUCAAGGAAUCCUCUCCCUUUUUUCCUGUAAAGUCUAAACUUAUUAUGAAAUGAAAAUCGAGGUCCUGU